AUGUCUGUCACGCGCUCGUUUUAUCGCGUCGCGGCUCACACAAGAUUUAUGGGAAGACAACAAACACUCGGUAAAUUCUUUGAAAUGCCAAAGAACAGCAAAUCGGCGCCGCCGCAGCAAUCAAACCUGGCGGAAAUGUGGGGAGGGAAGAAGCGAAAGUCCAACACGAAUGAGGAGAGUAUGACGGAAGAAGUCAUCGUCAACGGGAAGGUGGAUGAGUUGAAGACGGGCGCGUCAGUGAAGUCUGAAAUCAUAUCGCCCGUCUCAAAUGGCAAAAAGCCAACAGAAAAGGGAGAUCAGAUGGAGGUCGACGAACCACCAGCACCACUGGCUAAGUCCAAAACCAAACGGAAGGAUGUCACCUCGCCAAAACUCGCUGCAUCACCUGGGCCUUCAAAGUCCAAACGGAGACGUGUGGUCGAGUCAGAUGACGAGGACUCCACGACCACUGCACUCGCUCUCACCAGUUUAAAUGGGCAUUCCUCGCCACAGCCUUCCUCCAAAAGUAAAGGGAAAGCCAAAGCAGUCCCCCAAUCUGAGCCUGUAGAAAAGCAACUAGCCGAGUCCUCAGCAAGUGCCGACGAGGGCGAGGAUGAGAUUCCUGACGAAAGCGAGCCAGAUGACGACGAAGAUGCGGCAACACAAACCGCUGAGGAAGCACUAUCGCGAGUCGCAGAGGUAGACGUCAAGGGCGGGUGGAAAAUCGGAGACUCAGUGCCCUACGCUGCAUUAACGAAGACUUUCUCACUCAUCGAAGCCACCACCAAGAGGCUCGAAAAGACUGCUCUCCUCACCUCGUUCUUCCUUCUUGUCAUCCAACGCAGCAAGAAGGAUGAUUCUAACUCCCUCCUGCAGUCUGUAUACCUGUGCAUAAACCGCCUGAGCCCAGAUUAUGUUGGUGUCGAACUGGGUAUCGGCGAGAGCCUGCUCAUUAAAGCUAUCAGCGAGUCCACAGGACGGAGUCUUGCAACAAUUAAAGCAGACCUCAAGAAAGAAGGUGAUCUCGGGCUCGUGGCAAUGAACUCUAAAAACAGUCAGAAGACGCUCUUCAAACCCAAGCCGCUUACAGUUCCUUUUGUCUUCUCAAACUUGCGGGAGAUCGCGCUGUCAUCUGGACAUUCUUCCCAGGCAAAGAAGGUAUCGAUCAUUACAAAGCUCCUCGCCGCAUGCCAGGAUUUCGAGGCGAAGUACAUUGUGCGCAGCCUGGAAGGCAAGCUCCGGAUCGGUAAUGCUGAGCGUACGGUUCUCGUGGCCCUCGCACAUGCUGCUGUUCUGGCUAAAGAACAUGCCGGAAAGCGAUGGAGCAAAGAGAAACUGUCAUCUCGCCUCGAAGAGGGUGCUAGUAUCAUGAAAUCUGUGUACAGCGAGCUCCCUACAUAUGAACUUGUGAUCCCCGCGCUGCUCACGCAUGGUCUAUCACGCUUGCGCACUCAUUGCAAGCUCACACCCGGGGUUCCACUCAAGCCAAUGCUCGCUAAGCCAACAAAAGCGAUCGGCGAAGUACUGGACCGUUUCGAGGGGCGGCAGUUCACGUGUGAGUACAAGUACGAUGGAGAACGCGCCCAGGUACACAUGCUGGAGGAUGGCAGCGUCAGCGUCUUUAGUAGAAAUUCAGAGGAUAUGAAGGCCAAGUACCCAGAUUUAGUGGAGCAGCUGCCGAGGUGCAUCAUGGAGAAGACAAAGUCAUUCGUGCUUGAUGCCGAGGCCGUUGCGAUUGACAAGACCUCAGGCAAGCUUAUGCCCUUCCAAGAGCUGAGCAAGCGAAAGCGCAAGGACGUAAAGGUCGAAGAUAUCCAGGUCAAAGUCUGCCUUUUCGCAUUCGACCUUAUUUAUCUCAAUGGCGAGCCACUUCUCCAAAAAUCACUCAGCGAACGUCGAGAGUUGUUGAGGGAGCACUUCCAGAUCGUGCCUGGAGAGUUCGAUUUUGCCAAGGCUUCAGACGGAUCGACAACAGAUGAGAUCCAGGCAUUCCUCGAAGAGAGUGUGAAGGACGGCUGCGAAGGACUUAUGGUCAAGAUGCUUGAGUCAGACGCAAGUUACUAUGAACCCAGUAGGCGGAGCGUCAACUGGCUCAAGCUCAAGAAAGACUACCUCGCUGGCGUUGGUGAUUCUCUGGACCUCGUCGUCGUUGGGGGAUACUACGGCAAAGGCAAGCGUACGAAAGUUUACGGAGCUUUCCUCCUAGCCUGCUUCGACGCCGAUGCCGAAGAGUAUCAGACGAUCUGCAAGAUCGGCACCGGGUUCAGCGAAGAGAUGCUGCAGACGCACUGGGACACUCUGCGACCGCUUGAGAUCACAAAACCACGUGGGGACAUCAAACCUGGUGGAGCGAAACCUGAUGUGUGGUUUGAGCCAAAGAUCGUGUGGGAGGUGCUUGCGGCAGAUCUGAGUUUGAGCCCGGUAUAUACAGCGGCACAGGGCUUGGUAGAGGAACGCGGGAUCUCGUUGCGGUUUCCGAGAUUCAUCCGAAUACGGGAUGACAAGUCGGCAGAUGAUGCUACUGGACCCGAGCAAAUCUCUGAGAUGUAUGAACGACAGGUGCUUGCGCAGAGCAAGGGUGGGAAGAAAAGCAAAGGUGAUGGGGAUGACGGAUUUUGGUGAAAAUUACGUAUCAGUAUCUAGAUGCUCACUUCAGACAUCGAUUAGUCAAAGGCGCAGCGUAUGCCAGCGUUGCAUAGAGGGAUAUUAUUAUUAUGUGUCUGCAACCUUCUUUGCCUCUGCUUGUGAUUCCUCGAUGGCUUGUGUGACUGGACCCUUGUCAAGACCAAACUUCUUCUCACGGCCACCGUAAUACCAGUAGUUCACGAAGCGGGCUUCC